CAGACAGGAGCAGCUCUCAGAUGUUUUCAUUCUCAACUUAAAGGGUCGCGAGAGGAGGACGUUGACGAGCCGGACACGAGGAAGAAAAAAAAAAGUCUGCUCUUUAAUUUGUAUGAGAUUUUUAAAAAAAUUAAAUAAAAUCUCCUCUCGGUGUAAUGUCAGCUUGUCGUGCCGCUUUGGUGCUCCUGUGCGCGGUGUUGGCGGUGACUCGCGCCCGCAGGAGUUCACCGGAGCAGGAGGAUGUUCAGGAGAAAAUCAACAGCGCCAGAUGCUCGUCCAGGUGCCUCACUCUGCACAUGACUCAACUAACCGCUGCCUUCAGACACCUCCAGAGUGACCAAGUUCUGGUUUGGUGUGAAAACCACAGACGCUGCUCACAGUGUCUUCAACCAUGCAAGGAUCUGUGGGAAACCAGGAAGGUGCUUUCUCAAAAGUCCUGUGAGAAGCAGACAGAGUGUGUGACGAGCAGGGAGUUUCUGACCUCUCUGAGGUCGUCUCGUCAGGGUGACUGCCCUCCGCCUCAACGAGCCACCGGGUUUGCUGCAGCCUGCGUGGAGAGCUGCUCGUCAGACCAGCAUUGUCCCUCCCCUAGGAAAUGCUGCUCUAAUGGCUGUGGACACACUUGCCAAGCCCCAGCCAAUCUAUAUAAAGGUGUUCCUCUGAAGCCUCGCAGAGAGAUGAGCUUCGUGGAGGAUUCAGAGGGCAAUGUGAAGGUGGCGUGGGUGUCGAAGUUCAAUGUCAGCGUGGAGCCCAUCGUUUACAUGCUCCAGUCCCGCUGGAAUGUUGGGAUUCAUCCCAGUGAAGACCACGCCUCCCCUUGGACUACUGUCGCCAUGACCCUUUCUGAAGAUGUUGUACUGUCCGAUUUGAGACCUCAGCGCUGGUACCAGUUCAGAGUAGCAGCCAUCAACAGCCACGGCAGCAGAGGCUUCACCACACCCAGCAAACACUACAUCUCCAGUAAAGACCCCUCACCUCCAGAACCUCCGAUGAAUGUGAGAGUGAGCAACCAGACUCUAGACUGGAUGAGUUCGCAACUCUCGACCCAAUUCACAGAAAGGUCGAGGGGAAAUGGCUUCACAGUGGCGGUCUUAUUAAGCUGGGAGCCCCCCAGAGAGGGAGACCUGCCGGUCCACAACUACAGAGUUACCUGGAUGUCUCGACGUUCACACACAGCACACAAACAGACACACACACCACUGCAUGCACACACACAUACAGUGCAGAGUAACCUGCACACACGUACUACACACUCACGCACGGCAGAACAGGGUAAAAAGGAGAGCAACAGCAGAGUGACUCAAGGGGCGCAGUGUGAGCUCUGGCUGCAGGGUCUGCAGCCUGCUACUUCCUACUUCCUGUCUGUCCAGACUGUGGCCUACUGGGGUCAGAAGAGACUCAAAAGUCCCAGAGCCCAAAUUGUGUUCACUACAAUAACUCAUACAGGCGAAGACUUUUCCAAUGAGCUCCCCUCUUCCUCUUCUUCAUCAUCUCUUCCCUCCUCUCCUUCCCUUUCAUCCUCCCCUUCUUCCUCUGACCUGCCCCACUCCUCCUCUCUGCCUCACCCUGAAUCCCCCCUUAACCCCGUCACCACUGGCAACCUCCGCCUGGAGGUCGCUGCACCUCAUUACCAUGAUGACCAGCUGCAGGUCAAGGUGUUCUGGAAGUGGCCUAACCAUGGCAGACAGAGACACCCCGGUCCAUACAUUUUGCGGUGGCGUCCACAUACCUGCAGCACUAAUGCUACAGGCACAGAGAGGACAACAACUGUGCAGGGCACACAUCACACCAUUACAGGCCUUUUGUUUGCCUGUAAGUACCAGGUCGCCGUGGCAAUGAAGGCUGACCCAGGGUCAGAGGCUGUUGCCUGGGUUACGACCCCAACUUGCUCCUCCAUCAGGGUCAGAGGAAGCAAAGCUUUGCCCUGCAACACUGAUGAGCGCCUCCUGUCAGGCAGGAAGGUGGUACUGCGUCCAGAACGACUGACUGCAGACUUCAAAGAAGUCAAUGGCACCCUGCUCACAACGCUUCGCUGGAGGAUGUCCCAGAAUGCACUGGACCCGGCAGCUGUGGAGGGGUUCCAGUUCACCUGGACACUGCAAUCGGGAGUCACCACAGCAACAGAAGGGCUGGAAGACACACUUAUCUCCCAGACGCAGACAAUUGCACCGACUCAGCGGUCAGUGUCAGUUCAUGGUCUUCAGGCUGACAGUGUUUAUCAGUUGCAGCUCCAGGUGUUAACAACAGGGGGAAGCACCGGUGCCGCAGUCUCCAGGACCAUUCAUACUCCAGCCAUCAAAGCCACACUUUCAUAGGUCCAAACCCCACAGCUUUCACCAUCUGCUGCACCACGGUCAUCCUUACCAUCAUGACUUCUCCACUAUCUUUCACUGUGUAACAUGAUUUUAUUGCAGAAAAACAGAAAAAAGAAAACAUGACCAAAGCCACAAAGUAAAAUAAAGUUCCUCUAUGUAAAUUAGAUCACGGUCUCAUAUGAAAGGUAUCUCAUACUCUGACUGUGUUCCUUCAGUUUCACUUUAUCACUUAUCACCUUUACAACAUCAGAAAGGCUGUGAGCUCCCUUUAAUGAAAAAACAAAACAAAACCCCAAACAUUAAUCAUUCAUCUAAUCAAUCAUUAAUCUGUCAGCUGAUCUAAAGGUUAUUGCCUAAGUCGAUAAUGUUUUGUACAAAAUGUAAAAAAAAAACAACUUCCUGUACUUGCAUCUAGUCUUGGCAGUGAAAUGCGUAUCUUUAAGCCAUAUUCUCUUUUAUUUUUUUAUGCAGCAUUUUCCAAAUGAUUCCUCUUGGCAUUAGUGCUGCAGCAUUGCAAGACAUGUAUGUGAAAAGUGAGACUCCUUGCACGGCUGCAUCUGUACAUGUUUGGUGUUUAGAUGUGACUAAUAAGGUCAUUUCUAAUCACCUCACAUCACUGGAGCCAAAUGACACUUGUAAAGAGACAUAUUAUAUAUUGUUUUUGAUCACGCAAGUAGAGAAUAAUAUAGCACUGACCUUAUGUACAAAUAGAAAUGUAUAGCAACAGACUGACUGUGUUUAUUUCAAUGCAUAAUCUGCUGCAUUAUCUUUGGGGUCUGAGUUGGUGUGCUGAAGCCUUGAAGUAAGCUCAAAUAUAUUUUAAUAUUUUGUUCAUAUGUUUAAAAAAAAGAAGCUAAUUUUUCACAUCUGUAUGAAGUUACAUGUUUGAUACAUUUCGGGCCUUGUGCAACUUUCAUUUGCAUUAUGGUCCACCCAUUUCAUUUAACAAUAUGUGACUUUACAUAGUUAAUAUAGCUAUACCUGUGGUAGAUUUCUUUAUUCUACAAAAAUCAUGGCAUUACUUUGAAAACGUUGAAACUACUGGUAUCAAGUAACCAGUAAUCAUUAUGUUAAUAUUCUCUCUAUGUACCCUUUGUUUUAUUUUUUUGACAUUUUACUGUUGAUAAUUUUGUACUUCCUUUGCUGUUUGACUGUCAGUUUUAUUUAUUGUUUUCCUGUCUU